AUGAAUGGGCCGGAGUCUCAGACAGCCUCGCAGUCUGAUGAGGGUGGGAGCUCUGAGGUAGAAGCAACCAGACAGGGAGACAGAACAGAGGAUGUAAGUGCAGAGUUUUGUCCAACCCAUGGGCGUCACUGUCUGGGGCCCCUGUCCUUCCAUACAGGGGUAUUAGGGACCCAGGUGUGUCUGGGUCUGGGAGGUAGGUAUGUGGAGAGGGCCAGGGAGACCUUCCAGAAUGGUCUGACAUUCAGCAGUCGUCCAGUCAGGAUCCAGGAGAAGAUACAUCUGCGGGUGGAGCUUUGUGACCAGCACUGGAAUGGAGCUUUGCGGCUGGGCUUCACUUCCAUUCCCCCCUCCUCCUGUGGGCCACUCUUCCCCCCUGCCAUGGCCAUCCCUGACCUCGCCACCACCUACGGGUACUGGGCAGCCCCCGUGCCCUCCAGCCUCAACAUGCCAGGGGCAGAGCUCCGCUUCUGGGUGACCCCUCAAGGGGUGCUGGUGUACGAGGGGCCAAACCGUGUGAAGUACCUGCUCCUGAAGGGGGUGGAUGUGAGAAGCCCCCUCUGGGCUGUUAUAGAUGUCUACGGGCAGACCAGAGCUGUGCUCUUAUUGGGACAGCUGCAUGUGUGUGAACAAGGGUCAUCCCUGUUGCACCCCUCGGGGCAACAGGCUCCCUACUGA